AUGAGUGUCACAUCCAUCUCGCCCAUUGGAGGACCCACUGGCAGCGGUACCUCCGUUCGGGACGCUAUCGAUAUAUUGCUUUAUGAGGAGAACCAGGGGCAGCGGAAGCGCAAGCUGGUACUGGAGCUGAACACACUGGUGCAGGGCGCCGAGUUUGCAGAACAGUUUCUUGAGGAAGAUGGACUGAACAUCCUCCUGCUUCAGAUUAAAACAGCGAGUGGUAAUCUUCAGGCGGCGAUGCUCAGUGUCCUGCGCAACUUACUCGUGUACGUGAACGCGGUGGAGCAGAUUGCUGAAACCCCUGAACUUGUGGAGCGCAUCUACGGUCUGCUGGUUCCUUCCCAUGACGGCAGUUUGGUGCCGCUAAACAUUGCGAAGCCAACGCUUGAGACUCUCAUUGUUAUCUGCGGCAUGGUGGAGGGCGGCCACAAGAUGAUUAAUCAGGCUGCAAAGAAGCGUAUCGGUGUGGGUGUGCUCCCGUACGCCCCGCUUGUCCCACUAUUGAGCGGUGACGAUCUUCUCGUGACGCACAAGACGCUUCUAUUUAUGAACAUUCUCCUCAAGAAGAAAAAAGAGGUCUCUGAACUUAAGGCGAAGAAACUUUUUUUCCGCUGGAAGGAGUGCGGCGUCCUCUCGCUUCUGAAGCGUCUUACUGUCAUUGAGGACGCUGACGUGGCGAAGCAGCUAGCCAGCUUUCAGCGGCUGUCUAACUUCACCAUCCCGCGCAGCUGGGAGGAAGCGAGCAAAUAUAGACUGCAGUACGAGGAGGCAAAGCGGAAGUGCGACGCCGCCAUGGAUGCUCUUUAUGUUUUCCAGCAGCAGCAGGCAAAGGUACGUAUGUUGAAGCAGGAGCUUGAGCGCACGCAGGAGACGGUGCGUGCCAUGCGUCUUCUUAUACCACAUACCUCCGUCAAUUAUCAUCCAGCGCGACGCUUUCACGCGGGUGGUGGUCUUCACGUCGAUCAGUUGGCGUCUGGCAAGCUGGAGCCCAUAGACGUUUCCGCCGGGCAGAAUGAAAUCACGGCUGCACGCAUGGCCCUGUUGGAGAAGUUUGUGACGGCCAAUGACAUUCGCCCUGUGGUGUCGAAGAUGUUCGCCGCAGGGCCCGCCGGGAGGCAUGCUGCCAUGAACAACGACGACGAGCAUUUUGCUCCAUCCGACGGCGACGAUGAAGAAGACAUGAUGCCGCCGCCGAGCGACGAAAGUGACGCCCCGCCACCUGACGACGAGGAGGACGACAAGAGUAAUAAUGAGGAGGCGGCCUCAAACGGGGCGGCACAACAGAAGCAGCAGCAGCAGCAGCAGCAGACCGCCCCGAAAGGGGAGAAACCGCUACCGCCGCCGCCGCCACCAUCGCUGCCAGUGGCUUCACAACAACACCCACAACAACGUUCCGCAUUGCCUGCCAAGGCAGGGCCGCCGCCGCCACCACCGCCACCAACUUCUGCAGGAGGUAAGAAAGGUGCGCCACCGCCACCGCCGCCGCCGCCGUCCGGGGCGAAGAAGCCGCCAAAUGGAAACCUCCCUGUCCCCGGACCAGCUGCAAAAACUCCCUCGGCCCCGUCAAAGGUGUUUUUCAAGGGACCCGCACCGAAGAAGCGAAUGAAGCCGCUGCAUUGGGACAAAAUUCCUUUUUCCGAUACCGUGGAGUCCGUGUGGUCGCUGAUCAAUGCGGGCACUCUGCACGACACCACCUUUGAUUACGCGGAGUUUGAGCAACUUUUCUCGCAGAAGGAGGUGGAGGCAAAGCCAGUUUCUCAGCCAAGGCCCCAGAAGGUUCUCCUGUUGCGCGAGGAUUUGCAUCGUAAUCUCUCCAUUGUACUUCAUAAACUUCCAAGCAUUCCCAACGUGCAGCGUGCCCUGUUUGAUUUGGACGCCAAUGUGCUUUCUCGUGAGAUGCUCACCGCCAUGCUGGCGCAAGCCCCCACGGAUGAGGUGCGCGCGGAGUUUCUCAAAAACGCCAACAAAAAACCCGAAGAAGAGUACGAACCACAAGAAAAGUACAUGGCAAUGAUGAUCGCUAUGCCGGAGUUCAGGCGACGUGUCUCUGCGUGGCUCUUCUCAAUAGAAUGGGAAGAGAGUCGUCAGGCCGUGUUGAAGCCAAUGCAUCGUUUACAGGAGAGUAUGGUGGCCGUGCUGAACAGCAAAUACUUGCCGUACUAUCUCGGACUGCUGCUAAAUUUUGGUAAUAUGAUGAAUUAUGGAGAUGCACGCAGGGGUAAUGCUGGUGCGGUGAAUUUAAGCCUUUUGGAUAAACUGGAGUUGACGAAAGACAAUAAAGGAAAGUUGUCACUUUUCACAUACCUUGUGACUACUGUGAAGGUGCGCCGUCCCGAGGCCCUACAUCUUAUCGAUGAGAUGAAGCCUGUUUUGACCGCGAAUGUGAUGCAGAUCAGUUGGGGGGACGUGGAGAUGGCCAUGCAAGAGGCGGAGAAGGCAGUGCAGGUAUUCCAGAAUCACUGUACCUUUGUGAAAAAGAAACUGGUUGAGCUUGGCACGGAUGCGGAGGAUCCUUUUGUCCCCUUUGCGGUGGAAUUCACGAUGCGUGUGACUGGAGAACUGCAGGAACUAAAGCAGCAUUACGGCCGUCUUGAUAACACACGAAUAAAAUUUCUGCAGUACUUUGGCAUCAUUGAUGCGAAGAAGAAGCCGGAGGAUAUAUUUUCUCAACUUGUUCCAUUCAUUGAACGGGUACGAAGGUCGAUGCAGGAAAUGGUUAAGAAGGAGCGUCGCAACAUGAAGAAGGGACAAAAACUUGGAGAUGGGGAAUUUGCACACGUAGUGCAGAAGCUGCAGGAGCAGGUGGCACUGUAA